CUCUCUCUCUCUCUCGCUCUCUCUCUCUCUCUCUCUUUCCCUUUCUUAAAUUGACAUUGGUCUGGCUCGAAACAUGAUAACAGAAAAGCCUUCCUCCGCUCCGCGUUGUCGGGCUGUCCUCAACCCCGAUCACUUGAAACUCAAAUAAGCAGGCGUUCAGAGGAAAAAAAAAAAAAAAGAAAAAGAAAAAGAAAACAGAGGAUCGCACACUAUCCUGUCAGCUGGUGCUCAGAGGGAAUAACAAGAAACCUUUAUAUCACACUCACGCACCCUUGUAUGUGCUCUUGCGUAUCGUAGAAAGUGCUCGUGUUGAACUACAGUGAAAGUUAACAUGUAUGUGCACGCUUUGAUACGCGCAAGCCUUGGAUUUGUAGGUUUCUGCUUGGUCGCCUUUGUCCAACAGUCAGCUUCAGGAAGUAAAACCACUCAAGAUGUGGACGAAUGUGCAGAGGCACUUGACAACUGCAGCAUCGAUGCCAUCUGCCAGAACACCCUGAAGUCAUACAAAUGUAUCUGCAAGUCAGGCUAUAAAGGAGAUGGCAAGCAUUGUGAAGAUGUUGAUGAGUGUGCGACUGAUUACAACGGCGGCUGUGUCCACGAGUGCAUCAACAUCCCGGGAAAUUACAGGUGCACAUGCUACGAUGGAUUCCGCUUGGCACAUGAUGGACACAACUGUCUAGAUGUGGACGAGUGCUCCGAAGGCAACGGUGGAUGCCAGCAGAUCUGUGUCAACAUGAUGGGCAGCUACGAGUGUCGCUGCAGAGAAGGAUUCCUCCUGAGUGACAACCAGCACACCUGCAUCCAAAGACCUAAAGUGCAAUCAGAAGGCACAAAAGAGGGACCCACCUGCAUGGACAAGAAUCACGGGUGCGCACACAUCUGCAGAGAAACGCAGAAGGGUGGCAUCUCCUGUGAGUGCCGACCUGGAUUCCAGCUGACCCGUAACAUGAAGGACUGCAAAUUGACGUGUAACUACGGUAACGGGGGUUGCCAGCACAUCUGCGAGGAGACAGACCACGGCCCCAAGUGUUCCUGCCACAUGAAGUUUGUCCUGCACAGCGAUGGAAAAACUUGUGUAGGGGAGAGGAGUGUCCAGUCCCAGGCAGCCCCACAGCUGUUCCCUAAUGAGACCUGUGCAGUGAACAAUGGCGGCUGCGAUAGCACAUGUCAUGAUUCGGUGACAGGAGUCCGCUGCAGCUGUCCUGUUGGCUUCACUCUGCAGCCAGACCGCAAGACCUGCAAAGACAUUGAUGAGUGCCGUCUGAACAAUGGGGGGUGUGAUCAUGUGUGUCGAAACACAGUGGGCAGCUUCGAGUGCAGCUGCAAGAAAGGCUACAAGCUGCUAACCAAUGAGAGAACUUGUCAAGACAUUGACGAGUGCUCUUUCGACCGCGCUUGCGACCACUUUUGUGUCAACUCUGCCGGCAGUUUCCAGUGUCUUUGUCAUAAAGGCUACGUCCUCUACGGCCUGGCACACUGUGGAGAUAUUGAUGAAUGCAGUAUAAAUCGUGGGGGUUGUAAAUAUGGCUGCAUCAACACUCUGGGGAGCUACGAGUGUACCUGUCCACCAGGGUACAAGCUGCACUGGAACAGAAAGGACUGUAUUGAGCUGGUGAAAUGUCCUCCUGGACUGAUAGCACCAAAAGCUACUCUGACCUGCAGCAAGACGGGCAAGAAAGAGAGCUGCUCUCUUACAUGUGCUUCUAAGGCUCACUAUCUGGCAGAGUCUGAUAACAGCUACUCAGUCAGUUGUGGUAUCCCCAUUCUCAGAGGGAAGUCUCCUGCCAGGCUCAACUCCAGCAGCAGUCAGAGCUGCAUAGAGACUUUGGCCCCUCCAGUGAAGCAGACGGCAUCUUUCAAGAUUAAAAAUGCCAAAUGUCACCUGCACCCUAAACUCACCGGCAGGACGGAGGACAGGGGACGGACACUGGGACCAGGAGGAGGGCAGCCCUGCAGCAACUGCCUGGUAACAUUUGUGAACCUCAAAUGUGACUCCUCCAAGAAAGCUAAAGGGAGACGUGCUCGAAACCCCUCUAACAAAGAGGUAACACGCAUUACUUUGGAGCUGGAGGCUGAGGUCAAACCUGGAGACACUACAGGAAGUUGCAAUCUCAGCUGCCUGAGACAGCGCAUGGAGAAGCAGGUCAAGACUUAUAUCAAGGCUUUGAAGAAGUCCAUCAACCAAGAGCGCUUCCUGAUCCGGGUGGCUGGUUUGGAAUACGAGGUGGCCCAAAAACUUCCCCAAGCUGCUCCCGUUCCGGAGAACUGUGGCCCGGGCUGGGAGAGGGACAGUGGGAGAUGUGUCAGAUGUUUGCCAGGGUCUUAUUACCACGGUGAGCAGGAGCGCUGUGUCCAGUGUCCACCCGGCACUUUCCAGGAGAAGGAGGGGCAGCUGGCCUGUGACCUCUGCCCUGGCAGCGAUGGCCAUGGACCUGUUGGGGCACGAAACAUCUCCUCCUGUGCAGGCCAGUGCCCAACAGGGUACUUCUCCAGCGAUGGGUUCAAACCUUGCCAGCCGUGUCCUCAGGGCAGCUACCAGCCAGAUUUGGGUCGGACCCUGUGCUUCCCCUGUGGGGGAGGACUGAGCACCAAGCGGGAGGGCGCUAGCUCCUUCCAUGACUGUGAAGUCAAAGUUCAGUGUUCUCCAGGUCAUUACUACAACACCACAGUACACCGGUGUAUCCGCUGCCCAGUCGGGACCUAUCAGACGGAGUUUAGGCAGAACUACUGCAUUUCCUGUCCAGGAAACACCACCACUGAUUUUGAUGGUGCCACAAGUGUCUCACAGUGCAAGAACAGGCAAUGUGGUGGUGAGAUGGGCGAGUUCAUGGGUUACAUUGAGUCACCUAACUAUCCUGGUAAUUACCCUGCUAAUGUGGAGUGUAUUUGGAACAUCAAUCCGCCCAGCAAGCGCAAGAUCCUAAUCGUAGUUCCAGAGAUUUUCCUGCCCUCAGAGGAUGAAUGUGGAGAUGUGCUGGUCAUGAGGAAGAACUGGUCGGCUACAUCCAUCACCACCUAUGAGACAUGUCAGACCUAUGAGCGGCCCAUCGCCUUCACAGCUCGAUCUAGACGUCUGUGGAUUAAUUUUAAGUCCAAUGAGGCCAACAGCGCCAGAGGCUUUCAGAUUCCCUACGUUACUUAUGAUGAGGACUAUGAACAACUCGUGGAGGACAUAGUGCGGGACGGACGACUCUACGCCUCAGAAAACCAUCAAGAAAUCCUCAAGGAUAAAAAACUGAUUAAGACUCUUUUUGACGUGCUGGCUCACCCAAACAACUACUUUAAGUACACCACUCGGGAGUCCAACGAGAUGCUGCCCCGCUCCUUCAUACGUCUCAUAAGCAGCAAAGUCUCCGCUUUCCUGCGACCAUACAAGUAAAAGUGUUGCAGCUGCUGAUGUGCCGGAUCACGACCCCCCCUUCACCACCACCACCAAAUCCCCGUCCCCUCACCCUUUACCCAGACAUCCCCCUUCACGUUACAGGCCCACGACUCUCACAGGACUUAAAACACGAAACAUCCUAGUAUGUUUACCCUUCUUAUUUUUCAUAGGCUUUGACGAUAAACACUAUGCAGACCUGAGAAAUAUUGAACACCGUUUGUGUUUUAGGUUUUUUUUUUUUGUUUUUUGUUUUUGUGUUUUUGUCAGUUUCCAUUCAGCACAGGUCAGUGAUCUCGAGCAUUCUAGUGGGGAUGUACAGUAUGUGAGUGGGUUUGGUUUCUAUUGUGAUGUGCAAUGGAUUCACAGAAAACAACAAUAGAAACGCCUGUUUCAGACAGUAGGAGUGACAUUUUGUGUGUGGUUUGAGCUUGAUAGAGCUUGUUGUUGUGUUGGCUUACAGGUGCGGUCUGAGCUCCAACUCCUACCAUUAAGUAUGACUGUAAGUUUCGUGCAAGUGUUGUGUAACUCUGGUUCCAUCUUCAGUGUCUGUGUGUCGUCCUCGAGGAGGAGCAGUUGUAAAAUUAAUGUUGCAGCUGUGUUCCAGGUCAUUCAAAGCCCGGCUAGAUUUGCGCUCUUAGAGCAGUUUCCGAGGGUUUUACUGUUAAAACAGUUAAUCUAUGUUUUGCUCUGUCUGUUUAGACUGUGCCAGCGUUUUCCAACCUUCAGAUAAUUUCUGUUGCUCUUUUUUUCAAGUCAACUUAAAGCAAAUACGAAACGGUGGUUUAUCAUUCUAGGAACAAAGUGGACGUUUGGGAGAUAAACUAAUAAUUGUGCGAGCCACAGAAAUGAGAUAAUGUGAUGUCUAGUGGAACAUGUCUCAGAGAGAGAGAGAAAUGUCUUUGAGGGACAUUAUGUUUGCUGCUUCUUUUAAAAGGUCACUUUAAUUCUUCAAUCUCAUAUUGUCUUUCUGAUGUACUCUACACACUAAUAAUCUUUAGUUUUAAAACAAAGGGAAGCUCCGAACCUGAAAUACUUAAGUUCUUACACCCAGUAAGUUGAUAAUCUCACAUUGCCUGUCUGUGGACUACCAGUUUUAUUGUGUUUUUAUUUCAGUCUUGUAAAUAAUGAAAAUAAAUUAGACGAGGGUUGAGUUCUUUAAUCCUAAUUUGCUUACGCAGGACCCCCAAAAUCACUUUCUGCCCCUGAUGUCCCACCUGUCUCAAAUCCAAAGACACCUGAUCCCCGCCCUGUUCACAUGUUGUUCUGUCCCAAUGAAGACAGCUCUUCCAAAGACCGUCCCAAAACGGGCGGGUCAAGUUGUUUUGUGCACUAGAUUCAGAGCCUGUCAUCCUUUUUUAGUACAAAGUGCAAUGAAUGAAAAGGCACACAUUCAUUUUGGAUAAACAAUAUUGCGACUCCCCCUCAAUGAAACUUGCAGAAUGUGUUUUGGGCUGCGAUUCAUUGUAUAAAAUAUUUAUCAGUCAUUAUGGACAGAAGAUGUUUAGGCCUCAAUGUGUAACUACUCUUAAAGAAAUACAAAAAAAAAAGUCUUAAAAUGUAAUUAAAAAAACGAGUAUUUGGUGUGUAAAAAAAUAUAUUUUAUGUUGUUUCAAAAGAGUAACCAAAACAGGGUAAAAUAAUUUAAGUUUAGUGAAAAAAAAAAGUUUGCUUUAUGUUAGGAUCUGCCAGUUAAAGGAAUAAAGCAACAUUUAGUGAAAUCUGCCUUUUGCCUUUGUAUCAAGCGUUAAUGAGGACAUUCUUACCAUGCAUGUUUUUACAUUAAAUAGGAAUCUACAGCCAGUCGAGUGUUAGCGUAGUAUGGAGCAAUUUUCAAAGGUCACAACGAGAAUUUUUUGAGAGCUACCUUUGUUUACUUGCAAUAAAAUCCCUUUGAACAGUUUGGUCCAGUCCAGUUAUAGUGUCAGACUAGAAAAACACUUUAUUGUUCAAUAUUUAUUUUAAAAGGCUCAUCUGAGACGGUGUCUAGCUGCAGCUGCUCUUCCUGACAGUGAUGGUGAAGCUGUGCAUGGAUAUAUGAUUACUGUCCAGACGCUGACUGCUGCUGUGGUUCAAUCUGUGGCGCUGUUGGUGCGUCCACCUGUUACUGUUUGACCCUGUGGUUGCUUCUGAGACGGAUGCAUUUGUUGAUGUAGGAUUCCUGGAAUACGGCAGCUUUAAUACGACGCUCAGGCGGCAAAACUGGCACCGCACAAACUCAAACAUUGCACAGUCACUGUAACAAUCAUUAAAACCAACGUCACUACCAAAAUUGUAGCAAUAGCUGCAGCCACAGUGACAACUAUUUCAUCCAAAGUCUUACAGUCGAAGAGCUGCUGAACCAGCUCCUCUAGUUUUCUUUCUUAAUACAAUGAUGCGGAGUUGUAUCUGAGCAGCCACAGCUCAGGGUGCUCUGCCGUCGCUCUACAGGCUACAUGAUAUCAUAUCACACCACAGCUUAUAAAGUGACUCCGGAGAAUCAGUGCACUCUGAGCUGCUCAGAUAAAACUCUGCAUCAUCGCAUUAAGAAAGAAAACUAGAGGAGCUGGUUCAGCAGCUCCCCGGCUGCCCUGGAAUGAUGUAGCUGAUCCUGUUCAGUCACGGAUGUGCUUUUGUCAUUAUGAUUCUGGCUAUCUAAUGGUUUUAACUCUGACCACAUGCAGCAGUGGAGUGGAUGCAGCGAUUGUUUUGCUGGCUAAGCGUUGUAUUGAAGCUUCCAUGUUGCUGGAAAAAAAGCACAUAGAGCAAAACAAAUGAGCACAGCAGGUUCAAAGAUUUAACAGCUGGACACGUCCAUAGCGUCAUAGACUGAACCACAGCAGCAGUCAUAGUCCCAACAGUAACCAUAUAUCCAGCUACAGCCUCACUAUCACAGCAGACAGGGCCACCGCUCUCACAACCAGCAGCUGGACACUGGUGGAGAUCAUCCCUUUAAAAAGAAUAGUGAGCAAUGAAAGCAUCAUGUCACAUUAUUCCUACUUUCUGAUGUGUGGAAGAGUUUUAUAACUAGCCUAGAUCAUCCUACAAACUGUUCAUAUGGAUCAGGAGGAAAUGAAGCAUAUUGCAAGAGAACACAAACGUUAUUGGAAAGGUAACAAAAUAGUGAUGUGAGGUAACGCAAAUCAAAAAAUUCUUGUUGUGACCUGUUUGGGUGUCCAUAGCUGACCCCAUGAAAAAAAGCCAAGAUAGAAAAGCUAUCUUGGCUCUGUCCAAAAGUAAUUAAAUCUGUCUAUUGCAACUCUAAAGCUCACAAAUUACCACGUCUGGUUUUCAGAGCAGUUACAUAUCAGAAAUUGGGUGCUUUUUAUUAUGCUUCUCACCUCCUCUUUCUACAUCAUGGAGGACCUUCCAAUGCCUUUAAAGAGGUAGUUUAGUAUCUUUGCAGUUGGUUUACCUGAGGUACUCAUCCAUAGUUGGCGUGUUAUCCACAGUAGAUUGUGAUCAGUGGAGAAGCAGAGAGAGCUGAUGGCAGGGAAGCUGAGCACUGUGCUGCUGUGUACAGGCUCAGUGACAAAACCUAUUUUAGCCAACUAAAAAAAAAUCUAUCCAAGUGUAUACCAUACUUAGAAUCCCCUUUACCUCACUGUCAGACACCCUUUUCCUUUGGAACCACAUCUUCUCAACCAUAAAACCUCUAUAUUCCUUCACAUAAGUGCACCAGAGUUCCAGCAGUGCAACACAGGUGUGUUUAUGCGUAAGAAUACAAAGGUUCCACUGUUGGGGAACUGUGCCAAAGGAAAGGGCUGUCUGACAGAAAGGUUAAGAACUCCGAAUUUUCUAAAUGUAGUGUAAACCCAAAUAGAUCUUUUUUUUUUUCUUUUUCUUUGGUGGCUAAAAUCCAUUUUGCUGCUGACCACGUUCACAGCAGUGUACCGUUGAGCUUCCUGCUUCCUGCCAGCAGUCCUCUCUGCUUCUCCACAUUGGGACGGUUGCCAGCUGUGAUCUACUGAAGGCAAUACGCUGACUUUAAAUAAGUACCUCAUGCAACCCAACUUCAAAGAAACCAAACAAUCCCUUUAAGUGCACCUCACACAGACGAGUCCAGAGGAGGCUUCUGGAGGAUCUUAGAGUGAGGAAACUCAGGUGUGUCACACUUCUCACAGCCUCAAUGGGAGAAGCUGAGACAUAAGAAAGAAGCACAAGUGAGCUAACGGAUGAUGAAAGCUCCCUCUUUCUCGAUAGUGACAACAGGACUAUAUUUCUGAAAGCAUAGGCACUAUUCCUUUAAAGUUGUGAAUACCAUCACUGCGGUCAAAUUGGUGUAGAUGACUGCGAGUGAAUGUGAUCAUCCCCACUGUUAACCUGUAUAUUCAACCCUCUAAACCCAGAAUAGCUAUAGGUAAUACUCCAACAUCUAAGGCUGUUUAGUCCCCACUCAUGUAAAUAAAAAUAUGUGGGAUGGUACACUACAUAUUAUGUACCAAAUUGUAUUUUAAGAAUUCAAACUUUAGGAUGACACAAAGGGAAUUUGACCGCAUUGUCAAACUCGAGGGAUACAUUGGGCCAAGCAGCGAGGAACUCCAGUCCGUCUAAAAUUCAGCAAUAAUUUUUUAAUUUUAGUAUCAUUUAUUGAUCACUCACAUCUCUGCAUAGAUACCAAACUCAUUGUGUUCACUUGGCCCAUGUGCCCUCAAUCCCUGAAAUUCUCCCUGCCCCCAUCAGAAUCAGCUUCUUUCCUGCAACCUGAUUUUUUUUUUUUUUUUUUUUUUUAAUUGUUGCCUUUUAAACGAGAGUUUGCUAUGAUGUAUCGGAGUUGAUAAUGAUAUUUGCACUUGAAUUGUUAUUGCUCAUGUAAAGAAAUGUCUGGAUUUUGUAUUGUCUUUUUAAAUGAAUGGAAUUGGUGUUCUUAUUUUCUUGUAGCUUGUUUGUUCAUGAAAUGCUCACUCACAGUUUAGUCUAUAGAGAUGAUACACAUAACAUUAUCAACUGUAAAAAAAAAAAAAAAAAAGGAAAAAAGAAAAAAAAACUUAUGUACAGAGGUGAAUGAAACAAGUUUGUACUUGUUGCUGCCCAAGACACUUAUCAAAAUAAACAUACUGUACUUCA